UGCAUUCCGGGCAUAGCAGCGCCCGGGCCGGCCCCCGCUGCCGGCGGGACGCCCAGAGCAGCCGCCGCGCUCCCCGGGCAGCACCGCCGCCGCCCCGCUCCGCCAUGCCCCGGUGCCUCGGUGUGGCCGGUUGCUGCUAAGGUCCCCGGGGACGCCCUUCUCGGGUGGAAACGUGGCUUUGCCGACGGCGCGAGCGGAGAUGAGGACGGCGGAGGACUCGAACGGGACGGUCCUGCACCGCCUGAUCCAGGAACAGCUGCGCUACGGGAACCUCACGGAGAACCGCACGUUGCUGGCCAUCCAGCAGCAGGCCCUGCGUGGCGGCGGCGCCGGCGGUGCCGGCAGUCCCCGUUCCUCCCUGGAGAGCCUCAGCCCGGAGGAGAGCCAAAUGGUGCAGCAAUCCACGCGGCAGGAGCCCCAGGGCCAGGAGCAUCACUCCGACCACGUCUACUUGGAGAACAACGUCUAUCGGCUCUGCCAGCCCCAGCACAAGGGCGAGGAGCUCCCCACCUACGAGGAGGCCAAGGCGCAUUCCCAGUACUACGCCUCGCAGCGGGGCGGGCAGCAAGCCGGAGGGGCCAGCCCGGGAAUUCGGGGUGAAAAUGGUCCUCGCGGGGCCGAGAGCGGCGCCCGACGCCCUGACGAGGGGCUGAAGGACCUGAAGCACGGCCACGUGCGGUCGCUGAGCGAGCGGCUGAUGCGGAUGUCGCUGGAGAGGAACGGGGCCAAGGUGCAGAGCCCCAUCAGCACCUCCCACAGCUACCCCCAGCUCUCCCGCCACCACCAGCUCGCCGCCCUGCGAGGGCAGCACCCCGAGGGGCCGGAGCCGCGGGGACCCCCUCCGGAGUAUCCCUACGUCAUCCCAUCCCAGGACGCUUACCUGGCUGAACCCCGACCCUGCUCCCGGGAAGGUCCUGGAUUUCAGCACCCCGAAAUCAGGGUGCUGCCCACCCACGUCCCCUCCGCUUUCCUGCCGCCGCCGGGCACCCUGUGCCCUGGGACGCUGGGUCCCGCCGGCGUGGAGGCACUGGUGAGCGCCCAGGCGAUCUCGGCAGGCAGCCGCCUGGCGCGGGCGGACGCGGUCCUGCGGGAAAACGAGAGGCUCCAGCGGGAGAACGAGAAGCUGCGGCGAGAGCUGGAGAGCUGCGCCGAGAAGGCGAGCCGCAUCCAGAAGCUGGAGAGCGAGAUCCAGCGCAUCUCGGAGGAUUACGAAAACCUCGUCAAGGCGUCUUCCAAGCGGGAAGCCUUGGAGAAAGCCAUGAGGAACAAGAGAGACGGCGAGAUGCGGCGGCUCCAGGACUUCAACCGGGACCUGAAAGAGCGGUUGGAAUCGGCGAACAAGCAGCUGGCCAGCAAGACCCAGGAAAGCCAGGAGAGCAACCAGGGCAGCGUGGCCAAACUCCUGGCGCAGAGCUACGAGCACCAGCAGGAGAAGGAGAAGCUGGAGCGGGAGGUCUCCCUGCUGCGCAGCGCCAACGAGGACCAGCGGCGACGGGCAGAGCUGCUGGAGCAGGCGCUGGGCAGCGCCCAGGCGCGGGCGGCCAAGGCGGAAGCCGAACUGCGGAAGAAACGAGCCUACGUGGAGAAGGUGGAGCGGCUGCAGGCGGCCCUGGGCCAGCUCCAGGCCGCCUGCGAGAAGCGGGAGCAGCUCGAGCUGCGGCUCCGCACCCGCCUGGAGCAGGAGCUGAAGAUGCUGCGGGCUCAGCAGAGGCAGGCGGGCGCCGUGGGCGGGGGGACGCCGGAGCUGAGCGCCCACACGCUGUCCGAGCAGCUGAGGGAGAAGGAGGAGAAGAUCCUGGCCCUGGAGGCUGACAUGACCAAGUGGGAGCAGAAGUACCUGGAGGAGUGCACCAUGCGGCAGUUCGCCAUGGACGCCGCGGCCACCGCGGCCGCCCAGCGGGACACCACCCUCAUCAGCCACUCACCGCGGCAUUCCCCCAACAGCAGCUUCAAUGAGGACCUCCUCCUGGCCAGCCACAAGCACCAGGAGAUGGAGAACAGGUUAAAAGCCCUUCACGCCCAGAUCCUGGAGAAGGACGCCGUCAUCAAGGUCCUGCAGCAGCGCUCGCGGAGGGACCCCAGCAAAGCCCUCCAGGGCUCCCUGCGGCCAGCCAAGUCCGUGCCCUCCGUCUUCGCCGCCUCGGCCGCUCCGAGCUGGCCAGGGGCCGCCCAGGGUGACCGCCUGGCCGAGGGCAGCUCCCGGGGCAGCGCAGACAAAGCCACCGCCGAAGGGGCGGCAGCGCCCGCUGCCCUUCCCCUGCCCUCCCACGCCAAGCACGGCAGCAAGGACGGCAGCACGCAGACGGACGGGGCGGCCGAGAGCGGCGGCCAGGGCGAGGGCGCCGGUUCGCUGGAGAACUCGGCUGCUGCCAGAGCCCCGGACCUGUCCGACAUGGUGGAGAUCCUGAUUUAAGGCCACCCGGGGGCUGCGCGCCGGCCCCUCUGCCCUCCCUGCCUGCCGCACAGGCAGAGCCGCCCUGCCUGCGCCUGCCCGGGACGGAGGACGGAGCCUGGAGCUCAGCGGCGUCCCCACGGCUGGUCGCAGCGCGUGGCCCCCAGGCGCGGGAGGGCCACCGUCCCCUCCGGCACCCGCGCGGGUCCCCAGCUGCGCGGGGCGCGCUGGAGCCCAGGGACCCCGCAGCGGCGGCUCGUGACCCCUCUGUAAAUACACCCGGGGUUUGUAUGGCGGGAGCAAACGUAUUUAUCGUUUCGGCCUCUCCUCCUUCCCGAGGCGGGGGGGCUUCUUCCCAUCCCCUCCCUCGUCGGCUCCAUCCCCAUCCCGGCUCCGUCCCCAUCCCGCUUCCGGGGCUCGGCCAUCCGCACCCACCCAAGUGCUUGGCCUCCGACUGGAAAAUCCCUCUCCGUUCCCCCGAACCGUACCCACGAGCCGACGUCUCUGCGCGAGGGCAGAGCCGGGAGGGACGGAUCCUCCGUGGGUCCCAUCGACCGCCCGGAUCCGCGUGGCCGGGAGCCCCAAACCUCCAUCAUCUGCAUCCACCGCCUGCGUCCCGCCGCUGGGGCUGGGGCUGGCGCGAAGGAAAAGAGAAAAUGAGAAUGGAAGGAAGAAAAGGCGGAGGAGAAACCCCCUUGGAACCGGAGGUGAAAUGCUGGGGGUGAACCGAGGACGGGUGAUGGAGGCGGUGGGACGUGCCACCCCUCUUGUGGCUUCAUCCCACCGCCACGUCCCCCCGGCUACUGGCAGCUGGCUUCUGCCCGUAGCCAGCGCCGACGUCUCGCUCCUCUGAGCUCAGACGCUCCCCGUCCUUGCCCUUCGUGUACGUGUACAUAUAUAUAUAUUUUUUUUUUUCUUUCUUUCUUCUUUAAACGUGUGCAUUUGCUGGACAACUGCAUUUUUUAUUUUUUUUCUCUCCCAGACACGUAAAAAAUGCGUUCGGUUCUCGUGCAUUGUUUACAAAGCGGAAAACAAACAAACAAAAAAUUAUGAAAGAGGAAAAAAAAAAACCCCCCACCCCACAACUUAAUAUAUUUUAUAUUAAUAUUGGUAUUUCUUUUUAAGUAUUUUUUUCGUGCUGUGAACUUUUUUUUUUCCUGCCAAAGACGAUGAGUUCUUGUUUGUGCGUUUUAAGUUAUCUUAAGUAUUUAAACAUAAAGCUGGCUGUUUCGUUAUGCCGCCCUAUACCGAGAUUGCUGUAGCAUUCCACUUGGUAUAACAAUAUUUUAAUAAAAAAACCCCCAAAUACUGA